AAAAUUGAUUAAGUACUAAAUUUGUACAACUGUGUAUUGACAUAUCGGAUUUUUUUAUUAUAUGAAAAAACAAGUGAAAAGUUAUUCGUCAGCUAAAAGAAAAUUUGUAAUUUUAACAAUAAAAUAAGAUAUAAAUAUAUAGGAAAAUGACCGAUUCCAAAUAUUUUUCUACCACCAAAAAAGGUGAAAUUUUCGAACUCAAAUCUGAAUUGAACAAUGAUAAGAAAGAAAAAAAGAAGGAAGCUGUCAAGAAGGUUAUUGCCAGUAUGACUGUGGGCAAAGAUGUAUCUGUGCUUUUUCCCGAUGUGGUAAAUUGCAUGCAAACCGAUAAUCUCGAAUUAAAAAAGUUGGUAUAUUUAUACUUGAUGAACUAUGCCAAGUCACAGCCGGAUGCUGCCAUCAUGGCAGUCAAUACAUUUGUUAAGGAUUGUGAAGAUUCCAAUCCUUUAAUUAGAGCUUUAGCUGUUCGUACUAUGGGCUGUAUACGUGUGGAUAAAAUUACUGAAUAUUUAUGCGAACCGCUGCGCAAAUGUCUCAAGGAUGAGGAUCCCUAUGUACGCAAGACUGCCGCUGUUUGUGUAGCCAAGUUGUAUGACAUCUCAGCCUCAAUGGUUGAAGAUCAAGGUUUUCUUGAUCAACUUAAGGAUUUGUUAUCCGACUCCAACCCUAUGGUAGUAGCCAAUGCUGUAGCUGCUUUAAGUGAAAUUAAUGAAUCCAGCCAAUCGGGCCAACCUUUAGUGGAAAUGAAUUCGGCCACCAUUAACAAACUGCUUACAGCUCUCAAUGAAUGUACCGAAUGGGGUCAGGUAUUCAUUCUGGACUCCUUGGCUAACUAUAGUCCUAAGGACGAACGUGAAGCCCAAUCGAUUUGUGAACGUAUUACACCACGUUUGGCUCAUGCCAAUGCUGCUGUGGUACUAAGUGCUGUAAAGGUCUUGAUGAAACUCUUGGAAAUGUUGUCCAAUGAUGGUGACUUUUGUGCAACUCUCACCAAAAAAUUGGCACCUCCUUUGGUUACUUUAUUGUCGUCGGAACCUGAAGUCCAAUAUGUGGCUUUGCGUAACAUUAAUUUGAUUGUGCAAAAACGUCCCGAUAUUCUUAAACAUGAAAUGAAAGUGUUCUUUGUCAAAUACAACGAUCCCAUUUAUGUGAAAUUGGAAAAACUUGACAUUAUGAUACGUUUGGCUAAUCAGAGUAACAUUGCUCAAGUUUUGAGUGAAUUGAAAGAAUAUGCCACCGAGGUAGAUGUAGAUUUCGUGCGCAAAGCAGUGCGUGCCAUUGGUCGUUGUGCUAUUAAGGUGGAAACUUCUGCUGAACGUUGUGUUUCUACUUUACUCGAAUUGAUUCAAACCAAAGUCAACUAUGUGGUACAAGAAGCUAUUGUGGUCAUUAAGGAUAUCUUCCGCAAAUAUCCCAAUAAAUAUGAAAGUAUUAUCAGCACUUUGUGUGAAAAUCUCGACACUUUAGAUGAACCUGAAGCCAGAGCUUCAAUGGUUUGGAUUAUUGGUGAAUAUGCUGAGCGCAUUGAUAACGCCGAUGAGUUGUUGGAUAGUUUCCUGGAAGGUUUCCAAGAUGAAAAUGCCCAAGUACAAUUGCAAUUGUUGACCGCUGUAGUAAAACUUUUCUUGAAACGUCCCUCGGAUACCCAGGAAUUGGUACAACAUGUUCUCUCAUUGGCUACCCAGGACUCUGACAAUCCUGAUUUACGUGAUCGUGGUUUUAUCUAUUGGCGCUUGUUGUCUACCGAUCCAGCUGCUGCCAAGGAGGUGGUUUUGGCUGAUAAACCUUUAAUUUCGGAAGAAACUGAUCUGUUGGAGCCUACUUUAUUGGAUGAAUUGAUUUGCCACAUUAGUUCUUUGGCCAGUGUUUAUCACAAACCACCUACUGCUUUUGUAGAAGGACGCGGUGCUGGUGUACGUAAAUCUUUGCCAAAUCGUGCUGCUGCCUCCGGAGAUGGUGAAGCCAGUGCCGCCCCAAGUGCUGGUGGUGAAGCUAUGGUUAUACCAAAUCAAGAAUCACUUAUUGGAGAUUUAUUGUCAAUGGACAUUAAUACACCAUCAAUGCCAGCGGCCGCUCCCACUAAUGUGGAUCUGUUGGGUGGUGGUUUGGAUAUUUUGCUUGGUGGUCCUCCUGCUGAAGCUACUACCGGCGGUGCAACUAGUUUAUUGGGCGAUAUCUUUGGUUUGGGCGGAGCAGCUCUCAAUGUUGGUCUACAAAUUCCCAAAAUUGUUUGGCUACCUGCUGAAAAGGGCAAAGGCUUGGAAAUUCAAGGCAGUUUCUCCCGCCGCAAUGGUGAAGUGUUCAUGGAUAUGAAAUUCACCAACAAAGCCAUGCAACCAAUGAGUGGUUUUGCCAUACAGCUUAAUAAGAACAGUUUCGGUUUGGUACCCGGCCAACCUUUGCAAGUCGCACCUUUACCUCCCAAUCAAUCCACAGAAGCCAGUUUGUCUCUAGCCACCCAUGGUCCAGUACAGCGUAUGGAACCUCUAAAUAAUCUUCAAGUUGCAGUCAAAAAUAAUAUUGAUAUUUUCUAUUUCGCCUGCUUGAUACACGGCAAUGUCUUAUUUGCCGAAGAUGGUCAGCUCGAUAAACGUGUGUUCCUUAAUACCUGGAAGGAAAUACCAGCUGCUAACGAAGUUCAAUAUUCAUUGAGUGGUGUGGUUGGCACCACCGAUGGCAUUGCCUCGAAAAUGACCACCAACAAUGUUUUCACCAUUGCUAAGCGUAAUGUUGAAGGCCAGGAUAUGCUCUAUCAAUCUCUUAAGCUGACCAACAACAUCUGGGUACUGCUCGAAUUGAAGUUACAGCCUGGCAAUCCAGAUGCCACACUUAGCUUGAAAUCACGUUCAGUAGAGGUGGCACCAAUGAUUUUUGCUGCCUACGAAGCCAUCAUACGUUCACCUUAAAUUCUUUAAAAUCAAAUUGCUACAAGUAUAAAAUUAUAAACCAUUAUAUAUGAUGCUCCAAUAAUAUUUUUGAAUUUAAUUAAUCAUAUAUAAAUAAUAUAAGUAUAAUAAUUACCUUUAUCUCUUUACAAACAAAAUUUUGACACGUAUCGUACCCUUAAAAGUAUUUGUUUUUUAUCUAUUACCCUUAUUUUUAUAAUUUGUCUGUAUUUUGAACGAUCAAUUGCGUUACAACAACCACUAAAUUUAUAUUUACAAAACCUUUCCAAAAUGGC